AUGGACUGGACGAGGAACAGCACCCCGGAGGAGUCAAUUUUGUGGUUCCAUGGUCCAGCAGGCGCCGGAAAAUCCGCAAUAUGCAAGACAUUCGCCGAAAACUGUCGAGACGCCAAGAUGCUCCUCUCCGCCAGUUUCCUCUCCAGAGCGACGACAGGGCAAAAUUAUAAUCGACCACUCAUACCGACCAUUGCGUACCAGCUGGCGUGUGCUAUUCCCCCCAUUCUUUCACAUAUCGACCAGGCAAUCCUGCUGGACCCUUUCAUUUUCAGCAGGGAGCUCGAGACGCAGGUCUCUGCUCUGAUCAUUCAACCAAUCAUGGGCGCUUUUCGUGAAGGUGGUGAAGCGCGUGGAUUCUCAUGGCCCAACGUCAUCGUUGUGGAUGGCCUUGAUGAAUACGCGACUCCGGAGAUGCAGGAGCGCCUUUUAUUCGCCCUGCAGAGUGUGGCACAGAUACCGGCCUUUUCCAUACGCAUUGUCAUUUCUAGUCGACCUGAGUCUCAUCUCGUCCGAUCAUUCGGCACUGAUCCGCUCAAUCAAAUGACUCUCCACCUCGCCCUCGACGAAUCAGUCAAUCCCAGCUUGGAUAUCGCGUAUUUCCUGCGAUCUAACCUUAACGAGGUCAAGAAGUCGCAUCGCCUGAAGCAAUUGAUUCCCCUCUCCUGGCCGGACGAACGGGACGUGAAAUUACUGGUCGAGAAGUCAUCGGGGCAAUUUAUCUAUAUAGCCAGCGUCGUCAAAUAUGUCUGUGCAGACCGAGGGGAACCUGUGAAACGACUGCGAGACGUUUGUGCACUCACGACGCCAUCCACACAUAACGCAUAUGAUGAACUGGAUGCACUAUAUCGUCGUAUUUUUUCCUCUCUUCGUAAUGUCCAAAUGGUACUCAGUCUCCUUUCUUUCCAACUCCUGGACCCUACCCCUACAACGUGGAAUGUAUUCGCAGAUCCAAAAUUGUGCUUUGAUGAGACUUGGCAGAUGAUGUUACCGGCCGACUGUUGCGACUCGCAAGAAGUUCUGGGGAUAACUGGACUCGAGUUCUGCGACAUUUUGGCUGACCUGGAUGGCAUAGUUCUCACAAUAUCGCAGAGCCCGCUAGUUGGGUGGCAGUUUCGUUUCCUCCAUGCAUCACUGCCGGAUUUCCUCUUUGAUGAAGCACGCUCAGAGGGGUUUCACAUCAAACCUGGCGCUGCCCAUGCUUCACUGGCCUCAAGCUUCAUCCAGUGUUUGUCCCGCCACAGUAAGUCCUCCUUGUCCAUACCCCGAUAA